AUGCUCAAACCACAGGCCAACGCUAUACGCGAACUCGUCUCCUUGGAUGGGAUAUGGAACUUUGAACUGGAAAAGUCUGCCAAUGGUAUUGAAAGCGAGCAAGUAUGGAAAAGGAACAUUUCCUCAGCGCUGCAAGUGCCUGUCCCAGCCAGCUACAAUGAUAUCUUCGUUGACUCAAAGAUCCGGGAUCAUGUCGGCUGGGCAUACUAUCAGAGGGAAAUAACUGUGCCUGCUUCCUGGACAAAGCGACGAUAUUUUAUCCGGCUUGACGCAGCUACUCAUCAGGGGCGUAUAUACAUCGACGACCAGUUUGUUGCUGAGCACAAUGGAGGCUACACACCAUUCGAGGUCGAUAUUAGCCAGCUCGUCAAGCCUGGUCACUCAUGCCGCUUGACCGUCGCUGUAAACAACGAGUUGAGCUGGCAGACAAUACCACCUGGCAGGAUCGAGGUUCUCAAGAAUGGUCGACGGAAGCAGCACUACCAACAUGAUUUCUUCAACUACGCAGGAUUAGCCCGUUCAGUGUGGCUGUACUCUGUUCCCGAAGUCUUCAUCAAAGACUUGACGGUUACAACCCAACUUGCGGAUGGAGGAAAAUCCGGAACAGUAAACUUCAAAGUUGAAUCCAACUCAGACCUCAAGGAAGCAGAAUUCCUCGUUCAAAUAAUUGACGAGGAUGCCCAUGUUGUGCACCAAGGAUCUCAGGCAGAGGGAAGUGUCACCAUCAAUUCCGUACAUCUGUGGCAGCCUGGUUCAGCAUAUUUGUACAAGCUCCGGGUCAAUAUCACCGCCAAGGCUGACGGGGACGUUCUCGAUACAUAUGAUCUUCCGUUCGGAGUGAGGUCCGUGGAAGUCUCCGGCAACAAGUUCCUGAUUAAUGGGAAACCGUUCUAUUUCACAGGGUUUGGGAAGCACGAAGAUACCCCAAUCCGAGCCAAAGGUUUCGACCCUGCCUACAUGAUCCACGACUUUGAGCUCAUGAAGUGGAUGGGCGCAAACUCUUUCAGAUGUUCCCAUUAUCCCUAUGCGGAAGAAGUGCUUGAGUACGCAGAUCGACAUGGCAUUGUUGUCAUCAACGAAACGGCGGCUGUAGGGCUCAACCUGACACUUGUCGCGGGUCUAGCUGGAUGGAAGGCCUUGCCAACAUUUUCUCCCGAGACUGCCUCGGAGAAGACCAGAGAAGUACAUACCCAGGCUAUCAGAGAGCUGGUAGCUCGUGACAAGAACCAUCCGUCCGUGGUUUCUUGGUGCAUUGCGAACGAGCCCGCAUCCGCCGAGCCUGGAGCAAGAGAAUACUUUGAGCCGUUAGUGAAGCUCACUCGGGAAUUGGACCCCACACGGCCAGUGGGAUUUGCCAACGAGAAACAGGCCAGCGCUGAAAAGGAUUUGAUCACGGAUCUAUUCGACAUGAUAUUCCUGAAUCGGUACUACGGGUGGUAUCUGCACACCGGGGACUUGGAAGCAGCGGAGCAAGGAUUGGAAGAGGAGCUCCGUGAAUGGGAAGACAAAUACAAAAAGCCGAUUCUAAUUUCCGAGUACGGCGCAGAUACUCUUGCUGGCUUGCACACUGUUGGCGACGUGCCUUGGAGCGAGGAGUAUCAAGCUCGAGUUCUGGAGAUGAGCCAUCGCGUCUUUGACAGAGUCGAGAGUGUUAUUGGGGAGCAGGUCUGGAAUUUCGCCGACUUCCAAACGCCAUCUAGCUUCAUUUUCCGAGUGGAUGGAAACAAAAAGGGAGUCUUUACUAGAGACAGGCGUCCAAAGAUGGCUGCACAUAUUUUAAGAAAACGAUGGGUCGAGGACAAGAAAGGCAAUGUUCAGGCCUAA